GACCUUGCCAGCGAAAAGAGCAACAAUACAGUAUUUUCGGAGCUAUUUCAUACCUAGUGCGAUAUUUUAGAGACGUUAGCGGGCCUAUGACGUUAAAAAAAGGUUUCAAAUUUCCAUGAAAGCGCAUUCUGUUAAACAGCUGUGGUCUCCCUUUGUUAAGAGCACAGAAAAGGAUUAUUUUGUCUUCCCCACCCCCUAUUUCCUCUUCUGUGGCGGAAGUAUCUCGGAGAGCAGAGGCCUCAUCCUUCCAAUGGCGACCGAAACGGGCUGAAUAGAAAGCGGGAGCAACCGAGGAGGGGGUCAGAGCAGUGCAACUGAAAUUAAUUAAAUAUAUCUUACUAUCAGUAAUAAUAAGUUCGACGCAAAAUUUACCCCCACUGAACUAUGGCCGAUUCGGUGACCAAAAGUCAGAACGUUUCGCUCCUUGAGUCGGAGCUGUAUUACCUGAUUUCUCGUUUUUUAACGACUGGUCCCUGUCGGAAAACGGCAGAGGUUUUAGCCAGUGAGCUGGAGGAAUACCAGCUUCUUCCAAGGAGAUUGGACUGGCAAGGAAACGCGCAUCCAAGAUCAUACGAAGAUUUGGUUGCAGCCAACAGACAUGUUGCGCCUGACCACCUGCUGCAGAUCUGCAAGCAGAUUGGUCCACUCCUGGACAGAGAGGUUCCAUCCAGCGUGUCCGGCAUUCGCUCCCUACUGGGAACCGGAAGGCAUUCCCUCCUUCGCAUGGCUAAAGAUUGCAAGAAACUUGUGCGGAAAGGUUCGUUUUUCGCUGCGCUCCACAGGGGAAGGCCCCCUGAGCUGCCGUUGAGCUGCAGGGACCCUCCAAAUCUGGUGAUGGUUUGUCGGGGACGGGAGCUCACAGGGAUGCAGAAGUUCAGCUCUGUGAACCCAGUCAGCAACUACCAGCACAUGCGCAUGCACAGGAGGAUUCUGGGACACCUGUCAGCUGUGUACUGCAUUGCAUUUGACCGAACCGGUCUCAGAAUUUUCACAGGCUCUGAUGACUGCUUGGUGAAGAUAUGGUCCUCCUUCGAUGGCAAGCUCCACUCCACCUUACGUGGUCAUUCGGCAGAGAUCUCUGACCUGGCAGUCAACUUCGAGAACACUUUAAUAUCGGCAGGCAGCUGCGACAAAACCAUCCGUGUAUGGUGCCUCCGGACAUGUGCACCUGUGGCUGUGCUGCAGGGUCACAGCGGCUCCAUCACCUCCCUGCAGUUCUCUCCAUUUGCUAAGGGCUCAAAAAGAUACAUGGUGUCUACCGGGACCGAUGCCACUGUGUGCUUCUGGCAGUGGGAUGUGAAUAACAUCAAUUUCAGUGAUCGUCCACACAAGUUUACAGAGAGGCCCAGACCAGGUGUGCAGAUGAUCUGUUCUUCAUUCAGUGCAGGUGGCAUGUUCUUAGCAACCGGAAGCACUGACCAUGUUAUCAGAAUAUAUUACCUGGGCUGUGGGAACCCCGAAAAGAUUUCCGAGCUUGACACGCACACGGACAAGGUUGACAGUAUCCAAUUUUGUCAUUCAGGAGGGAGGUUUGUGAGUGGCAGCCGAGACGGCACAGCUCGAAUAUGGGCACUGAAACAGCAUCAUCAGUGGAGAAGCCUCCUUUUGGAUAUGUCUGCUACUCUCUCAGGCUCUGAGCCUCAGAUGGAGGAGGAAAGCUUCUUCAAAUCCAAGGUGACGAUGGUGUCGUGGGAUCGCCACGACUGCAUGGUCAUCACAGCGGUCAACAACCACCUCCUCAAAGUGUGGAACUCGUACACAGGGCAGCUGCUCCACAUCUUGAAGGGCCACGAGGCGGAGGUGUUCGUGCUGGAGCCCCACCCCUUUGACCCCAGGGUCAUGCUGUCGGCUGGACAUGACGGCAACAUCUUCAUCUGGGACCUCACCAAGGGAGCCAAGACGCAGCACUAUUUCAACAUGAUCGAGGGGCAGGGUCAUGGUGCCGUGUUUGACUGCAAGUUCUCCCCUGACGGCCAGCACUUCGCCUGCACUGACUCCCAUGGCCACCUGCUCAUUUUUGGCUUCGGCAGUUCCAAGCCGUAUGAGAAGCUUCCUGAUCAGGUGUUUUUCCACACGGACUACCGCCCACUGAUCCGCGAUGCAAAUGGCUUCGUGCUGGACGAGCAGACACAGCAGGCCCCUCACCUCAUGCCCCCACCCUUCCUUGUAGAUGUCGAUGGCAACCCCCACCCCCCCAGAUACCAGAGGCUGGUCCCGGGGCGGGAGAGCUUUGCUGAUGAGCACUUGGUGCCCCAGCUGGGAUACGUGGCCACAAGCGAUGGUGAGGUGGUGGAGCAGGUGAUCAGCCAGCAGACCGCGGAGCAGGAAGAGGCAGUGGCCCAACGCAGCAUCCUGGAUGAGGCCAUCAGGGAGCUGCAGGAGCAGCAUGACGGGCGGGACUGGGUCGAGCCAAGGGGCGCAGCCCUGCCAGCUGCCAUCGGCACCCCCCGCAGAGUUUCCACUAACGCGAGCGUGGAGGUGCAAUCACCGCCAAAUGUGGGGCUGCGGCGCAGUGGGCAGGUGGAGGGGGUGCGGCAGAUGCACCAGAACGCCCCCCGCAGCCAGAUUGCCACUGAGAGGGACCUUCAGGCCUGGAGGAGGCGCGUGGUGGUGUCCGAGCUGCCACACAGUGCCUACAGGUUGCAGGAAGAGUACAGAGUGGCCAAGGGUGAAGAGGAGAUGGCUCUCUAUACAGCAAAGAAGCGCAGAUCAAUGCAUGGGAGUUUCAUGGAUGACUCUGAUGAUGAUGUGCCUUACACCAAACGGGUGCAAUCCCAUAAGCAGCGGCCCAGAACCUUCCGGAACUGCAGUGGCCUCACUGAGGACUUCAUUGAAUUCUCAUGCGAAGAGGGGGAGGAGACUGCAACCUCCGAGGACAAUGACAUGGAAUGCAGUGACAUGGAUUCCUCUAUUGAGGAGGAGGAGUGGCGGAGUGAUAGCUCGAGCCCCAACUCAUCCAGCGAGUACUCAGACUGGACGGCGGAUGCCGGUAUCAACUUGCAGCCAGCCACGCCCCUAUCGUCACGGAGACGCAUUCGAAGGCGAAUCGGCAGCUCCGAAGAGGAGGAGGAAGAGGAGGAGCAGCUGCAGGAUGAAGAGAGAACAACACAGCCUCAUAAACCAAAGAAGGCGAAGAGCAAGAACCCCAGGCAUCCGAGCGCCAGGCCAUGUGUGAACAGAGAAGUGUCCAAUGACUUCCGCCCCUCCCUGUGGAUCACCGAUGUCAUUCCCCGGAAGUCUCCCUUCGUCCCCCAGAUGGGUGAUGAGGUGAUCUACUUCCGCCAAGGUCAUGAGGCAUAUGUGGAAGCAGUCUGCCGGGGUAACCUGUACCCCAUUAAUCUGGAGAAACAGCCAUGGAGAAGAACGGAUCUGAGGGACCAAGAGUUUGUGAAGAUAACAGGGAUCAAGUACGAGGUGUGUCCCCCGACGCUGUGCUGCCUGAAGCUGUCUCUCAUCGACCCUGGCACAGGCAAACUCGGCGGCAAGUCCUUCUCCAUCAAAUAUCAUGAUAUGCCAGAUGUCAUAGAUUUUCUGGUGCUGAGGCAAAGCUACGAUGAAGCGAGACAGCGAAUCUGGCAGCCAGAUGACAGGUUCCGAUCGGUCAUUGACGAUGCCUGGUGGUUUGGGACCAUAGUGUGUCAGGAGCCGUACCAGCCAGAUUACCCUGACAGUCACUUCCAGUGCUUCAAAGUCAGAUGGGACAAUGGAGAGACAGAGAAGCUCAGCCCCUGGGAUGUAGAGUGCAUUCCAGAGAACGCCCAGCAGCCAGAAUGGGAGGGAGGCGGAGUCCCAGUGACGGCGGAUGAGAUGACUGACAUCAUGUACAAACCGCAAGAAGGCGAGUGGGGCAUGCAGGGCCGGGAUGAGGAGUGCGAGCGCAUCAUCGCCGGCAUUGACCAGCUCAUUACCCUAGACAUAGCAGCCCCCUUCUCUGGGCCGGUGGAUAUCGUUCAGUAUCCGACGUACUGCACUGUGGUGGCUUACCCCACAGACCUGGGUACCAUCCGGAUGAGGCUGGAGAACCGCUUCUACAGAAGGAUAUCAGCUUUGGUUUGGGACGUGAGGUACAUUGUGCACAAUGCCAGGACCUUCAAUGAGCCCAGCAGCAAGAUUGCCCACUCGGCAAAAAUCAUCACUGAAGCCCUCCUCAGGUUCAUCAAUAAUCAGGAAUGCAUGGAUAUUAUGGAGAUCUACAAUGCUGUGGAGGACAUGGAGUACACUGAGGACGAGGACCUGGAUGACGUGGAUGCACCAAGUACAUCCUCUGGUCGUAGACUGCGACAGCGCACCGAAGAGCAGGAGCAUGACCAGGAUGCCUGGAAGGAUGACUGCAAGCGUCUCCUGGACUAUAUCUUUGAGUGCGAGGACUCGCAGCCCUUCCGUCAGCCUGUAAACCCCAAUGACUACCCGGACUAUGCUGACAUUAUCGACACUCCAAUGGAUUUCCAAACUGUGAAGAGGACACUGGAGGAGGACCGGUACGACAACCCCACAGAGCUUUGCAAGGACGCCAGACUCAUCUUUCUCAACGCUAAAGCCUACACACCCAACAAACGUUCAAAGAUCUACAGCAUGACUCUGCGUCUUUCGGCAUUCUUCGAAGAGCGAAUCCGAACGGUCAUAUCAAACUACAAGACAGCUGUGAAACACAGUGAGAGGCUGCGGCGCAGCCAGAGGUGCAGGAAGAGGAUUCUGCAACAGCAGCAGGCCCCACUCAGCACCGAAACCAGUCAGAAGAGGACCACAGUCAAAACUCAGGAAAAGAUGGAGACAACGUCUAAGAUUUGCACAAAAUCUACCUCAGCCAAAGUGUCUGCCAAGGAGAGUUCCAGGAAGAGGAGGGGCCACAGAAGCCCCUCUUCCUCUGACUCCACCUCCUAUCAGAGGCCUGCCAAAGCUACAUCAGAGACCUCAGGAAGCAACACCGAGUCCACAUCUGACUCUGAAAGCGAAAAUACAUUUACUUCAAGCGAAUCGGAGAAGGGUAAGACCAAGUGCUCCGCGUCCUCCCAUCGGUAUACUAGCAGAGAGGCAAGAAGAAAAGGAAGAAUAACCCGGAACAGGAAAGCGAAGGAGAAGAGGAAGAAGGACUAUGACACUGAGAGUGAGCAGCCCUCCAGCGAGAAUGAAGACAGCGAGAACAGCGGACAGUCCUCCAUUGCAUCUUCCCGACACUAUCCUAGCAGAAGCACCAGGCUGACUAGGACCAGCACAGCAGCCAGUGGGAGGACACCAGAGACCUGGGCUCAGCUGAACGGCCACAGCGAGGGCCCCCGCCGGCAGAGGAGGCGCGGGAGUAACUCUGAGCAGGAGCUGUGCCACGACUCUGGGGCCGUCAGAGGGGAAGGAGAGGAGGGGAGCGUUGGUCGCAGGGCUUUAACCAGGAGGACCGCCGUGGCUGCCGUCAGCAAGAUGAAGCUGAUGGGGGACAUAGAGGAAGAGGAGGGGUCCGCCUCCGAGGAGGAAGGUGGCAGAAAGACUGGCGGCCGCCAGGCUAUGCGGGGUGGGAGACGUGCUGUGAUCCGGAGCAGCUCAGAGUCAGAGGAGCAGUCCUCGGAUGAGAGCGCAAACAGAGGUUCCAAGAAAAGCAAAGGGUCUUCCAGAGCAUUAGAGGAAAAUGAGGGCAACAGUGAGAGGCCACGCCCUUCCUCUCGUCAUCAUGAAAACGGCGAAACAGUGGGAACAGGUGGUCGGAAAAUGACCAGGAAAGCAGCCGUGGAAUUAGGGCAUGAGGGCAGCUCUCUCAUGAACGGGCACAGUGGAGCAUGCCACCCAGAAAAGCGGAGGAGGAAAAGUGACAAAUCCGAGGAGAAGGAGCGCUCCUCCUGUGACACAGAUGACGAGGACGAGAAGGGAGCCAUAGGCUGCCGGAUACCGACAAGGACCAGGAGGACCGCCGUGGCAGCUGUGGACAGGAUGAAGAUGAUGUAUGCAAGCGAGGAGGAGGAAGAGGAGGUAGAUCGCCCCAAGACCAGAGGACGAAUGCGGUCCCUGGUCAUGCAGGGGGCACAAAGGAGCUCUGAGGCCGAGGACAGAGACUGUGGUACUCGAAAGCGUCCUCAGCUCAAUGGGAAGAACCUGAAAGCAGAGGAUUUCAUAUCUGGGAGUGUGGAGGAGGAGGAAGAGGUCAAGCCCAAUAAAUCUGCCAAGGGUUCCAAGAAAAAGCAGUUAGCCUCCUCAGAUGAAUGGUCAGAGAGUAAGAGUGAACAGUCUGAGAGUGAGGAGAAGCUCUUCUCCAACAGAAAGCCAUGUCUGCGAGCCUUACCCAAGAAGAAAUAUGUCACUGAAGACUCAGAGGAAGACUUCCAGUCUUGGAUGGAGAUUCAGACGAGGAAUGGGAAGGGCUCGGCUAUGGCAGCAAAGAAGGGAGGCGGACGAGGCAAAGCUCCUGGCACUCAGCCUAAACACAGGCUUGCUUCCAAAGGGAAACCCAUCUGGUCGUCGGAGUCCGAGGAGGAUGAGGAUGACAAGGGGAGCGAUGACAGGGCGAUGAAGCGUGGUGCGAAACGCUGCUCCUCAGAAGCACGGUCUGAGUCUGAGUUGACCGAGGAUGAAGGGAGGACUGCAGGCGGGGCCAGAUCCCCCAUGAAGCGGCCGAGCCACGGCAAGCGGAAACGUGUGACGAGCAGCACUAGCAGUUCGGACUACAACAGCAACGAGGAGGUCUCCAUUUACCACUCGCCGUCUCUAAGCUCAGGGUCCCGGCAGAUUGCAAAGACGGGACGGUGCCAAGGGAAGCGGCAGCGGACCCUCUUCCCCAGAGAGAAGAGGAGGAGUGCGUCGGAGACAGAUAGCGACGGCUCGUAUGGCCCGCACGUCAGGACCCGCAACCGCGGCAAACGGACAGUGACAUAUCACGACAGCGAAUGAAGGAGGGCCGCGCCAUGCCACACUGCGCCAGUCUGAACUGCAGAGACACUAACUGGAAACCUGGGAGCCACUUGAUUGUCACGAAAGGGUAGUAGCACUGGAUUCCUUUGAGAGCAAAAAAAAAAAAAAAUGCUGUGAAUCGGUUUCAUUCAGGGAUAUUUAUAUUUUCUAUGAAAAACAUUAAUUUAAAAAAUGUAUGGGUUAAAGCAUUUUAUGGCUGGUUUUGCAAGGUUGGGAAUGCUGUGCCGCAUUAAUGCGGCGAAUUGCAGAUAGUUCUGAGGAUUAAGCAAGCAGAAUGCUAACCUGCUCACCUUUUGCUUCAAUGGUUUAGCCAGCUGAUGAAGAAAAAACACAAAAAAAACAAGAGUGUGGGGAUGCAUUGCCAGCUUGGGUGCUAUCUUAAUAUACCUCUGUUGAAUUGAGCAUAUUUUGCUGGCUUGCACUAAAAUGCACACUGUUUUGAGGUAUAUCAUACACUAGGUUUGCAUUAGAAACUCAGGGGUCAACUAAGUUUACUGUAGGCUCUGACAUGCAGUCUUUAAAAGAAUGGUGAGAACUAGAGUAAUAAGAGCAAAUUUUUUCCAAGAUGGCAGUAGUAGUUGGAAGCACACAUGCUGGCCAGACAGAUGUACCCAGCCCCCUGAACACUCCUUUGUAAAGGCCACACACAUUGCACAUAUGCAGCUGAAUGAGAUGUGAAUAUAUGAGCCAAAAUGUACACACAUGAAUCCCUCUCUUCUCAGUUUUCCUUUGUUUCUGAAUAUAGUGUGUAUUUGACUUUGACUAAGGAAAGGGGGUGUAAAUAUGUGAUUACAAUUUUUUUUAAAGAAUGCCCUGUAGAAAAUAUAGAAUAUUUAAAUUCUGUUUGAGUCGAGCAUUAAUUUUACUUUUUCAUUAACAAAGAAAAUCAUUAUUGUCUUGCCAUAUUUGAUAUCGAUUGGUACCCAUUUGCCAAGUACAGGAAACAUGGAAAGUAUUUUUUGCAAAAAUACUGUAAUUUCUCAUAUUGGGAAGACAAUUGUGUUGUUCAGUGUUAUGUAUUUUCAGUAUUAAAUUCCCUCUCAGAAUGAACUUAAAGGUGAGCCGCAAUUAACUUUUUUAAAGCCAGUCAGUUGAUUUUUGUUUCCUUGUUCGUUUUAGUACCGGGGGCUCUAUAAAUCCAAUUGCAUUAUGAAUUAAUACUGUUUUUUCCAUGCACUCUUUUCAUAGGGACAGAUCUGAGAACAGUCAUGCAAUUUGGUUGUGGAAUGAGGUGGCUGACUUGUUUCUGUCGAAUAAAAACGAAUUUUCAAAGUAGAUUUUGUUUGUUUGAAUUAUAAAAAAGAUUCUUUAAUGUUUACAGAACGAUCUCCUGUUACGUUUCAGUUUACAUACAAGCAGUAUGUAUUAUGUGGCCAGUCGCAAACAGUUGUCAUAGAGCUCCUCUCGUCUGUUUAAUUGCGAUGUUACUGCUUGUUGAGGUUAGCUGUUUGUCAGAGGCUUUGUGAUACACUGCUGUACAUGGUCUUGUUGCACAGCUCUUAUGUGAAUAAAAGCGACAAACGGCGCCCCCAUUGGUUCCCGUUCAAUUGGAUUCCGAAUUUUACGCUUCCCAUUUCGAAUUUUAAAAAAAUAACUGAAUGUGAAUGCACGCACACGGAGAACACGGGUCAUGUUGACAGGGAAUCCAGUAAAAACCGAUUGUGAAAUAAAGUUAUUAGAUCGUCUCAGUCCAUUUCUUCUCUUUGUGCGUUCAGUGGCGGAGCCAGAGGGGUGUCCGGGGUGGCACUGGACACCUCUGAUAUCUGAUUGGCCACCCUGAUGCCACCCUAAAAUUUUAUUCGCUAUCACUGGCAGUUUGAUGCUGAUUGACAUCUCAUUUCAGCCGUGAGCUGUGGAAAUAUUCUCUCUUCCCCGUCCUUGAUUUGAAAAAGGCGCCACCGGAUGUCAAAAUAAACG